AUGGCGGCCUCGAAGGUCGACGGGCCGGUGAUCGGCAUCGACCUGGGGACGACCUACUCGUGCGUGGCCGUGUGGCGGCACGACCGCGGUGAGGCCAUCGCCAACGACCAGGUCAACCGCCUCAGGCCGUCGUGCGUGGCGUUCACCAACGCCGAGAAGCUCGUCGGCGAGGCGGCGGUGAACCAGGCCGCCUUGAACCCCACCAAUACCAUCUUCGCGCCGAGUCUGUACAAGAAGAUGUCAAGUUGUGACCUUUCAAAGUCGUCGCAGCAUGAAGGCAAGGAGAAGCAGUUCAUGCCUGAGCAGAUCUCCUCCAUGGUGCUGGUCAAGAUGAGAGAGACAGCCGAGGUAUAUCUCGGUAAAAAGAUCAAGAACGCUGUCAUCACCGUGCCUGUCUACUUCAACAACUCCCAGCGCCAGGCUACCAUUGACGCCGGUGCCAUUGCCGGCCUAAAUGUCAUGCGCAUUAUCAAUGAGCCAACCGCCGCUGCCCUUGCAUAUGGUCUUGAGAAGAUGCCAGUCAGCAACAAACGAAGGACAGUUCUCGUUUUUGAUCUUGGUGGUGGUACCUUUGAUGUCUCCCUCCUCAACAUUGAUCCGGGAGUCGGCAUGGAUAAGGGUCUCUUUGAGGUGGUGGCCAUCGCCGGUGACACUCACCUUUUGGCGGGGCGGACUUCGACAACGAGAUGCAACCAGAAGGCGCUUCGGCGGCUGAGGACUGCCUGCGAGAGAGCAAAGAGGAUGCUGUCUUCCACCGCACAGACCACCAUUGAGGUCGACUCACUCCAUGACGGCAUUGACUUCUGCACCACCAUCACCCGAUCUCGAUUCGAGGAGCUCAACAAGGAUCUUUUCAGCAAGUGCAUGAAGGCUCUGGAUAAGUGCUUAUGUGAUGCCAAGAUGGACAAGAGCAGCGUCCACGACGUCGUCCUCGUGGGCGGCUCCACCCGUAUCCCCAAGGUGCAGAGCAUGCUUCGGGAUUUCUUCUAUGGGAAGGAGCUUUACCGGAGCAUCAACCCUGAUGAAGCUGUUGCUUACGGUGCUGCCAUCCAGGCCUCUAUUCUCAGUGGUGCAACUGACGAUGGGAGAUUAGUGGAUAUGCUUCUGCGCGACGUUACGCCACUCUCGCUUGGGAUAGCGAUCAGAGAUGAUUAUAGUACAAUGAAAAUGGUGAUCCCGAGGAACAUCGCCAUCCCGACCAAGAAGGUGCAGGGCUUCACUACUAACUAUGACAACCAGACUACUGUUUCCUUACCAGUGUACGAGGGCGAGAGCGCAGACACCAGGGACAACAACCUGCUCGGCACGUUCAAGCUCACCGAUGUACCCCCGGCACCGGAGGGUGUACCUAAGUUUGAUGUCACCCUCGAUAUCGAUGCAAACGGCGUCAUGAAGGUGUCCGCGGAGGACAGGGACACUGGGAAUAAGAAUAGCAUCACCAUCGUUAACCACGGCGGCCGACUGCGCAAGGAGGAAAUCGCGCGCAUGGUGCAGGAGGCCGAGAAGUAA